AUGAAGAUAACAUCCGUUGAGACUUAUCCGGUGGACAGAUAUCUGUUCGUGAAGGUACAUACUGACGAGGGCAUUACGGGCUACGGCGAAGCAGGUGCGUGGGGACACUUGGAGGCGACCGAGGCGGCAAUCCGCCUGAAGUUCGGGCCGUAUCUGGUGGGCAAGAACCCGCUGCUGAUCGAGCACCACUGGCAGACGAUGUACCGUACCGGGCAUUUCCGAGGCGCAGCGAUAAUGGCGGGUAUCAGCGCAAUCGACAUCGCGCUCUGGGACAUCGCGGGCAAGCACUUUGGAGUGCCGGUGUACCAGCUGCUCGGAGGCAAGGUGCGGGACAAGGCACGCGUCUAUUACCAUGUGUUCGGCUCAACUCGCGAAGAGCUUGUAUCGGGCGUGAAAGCCGCUAAGGAAGCUGGAUUCACUGCAGUCGGGCACCUGACGCCGUUCCUCGACGAGGACCGCUCGGUGCCGUACUACAAGUCGCACUCAGAAAAGAUGGCGGACGCCAUAGACGCCGUGCGUAUGUACCGCGAGGCGGCGGGUAACGAGGUUGACCUGUGCAUCGAGAUUCACCGCAGACUGACGCCGGCAGAAGCAGUUGUGCUGGCGCAGGGCAUCGCGGAAUUCCAUCCUAUGUUCUACGAAGACCCCAUCCUGCCGGAGCAUUAUGACGCAAUGGGACUGGUGGCGAACCAGAUUACCGUGCCAAUCGCUACGGGAGAGCGAUUCCAAACGAUCCAUGAGUUCGACAUGCUGCUAAAGCGCGGGGCUGUGCAGUACAUCCGCCCGGAUGUGUGUCUGGCAGGCGGCAUCACGCACACGAAGAAGAUUGCGGCGCUGGCUGAGGCGAGCUAUGUGGGCGUCGUGCCACAUAACCCGUUGGGGCCAAUCAGCACGGCUGCAUGCCUGCAGAUUGCGGCGUGUGCGCCGAACUUCGCCAUACAGGAAUACCCGACAGGUGAGCACGAAUUUCCCGAAGAAUGUGAUGGUCAAAGAGCCGAUUGCGGUUGA